GGUUUAAGACGAAGCAGAAAAUACAGCAUGAGCAUUAUCCGGUUAGGUUACGUUAACCUCGACAAAUUCGUAUAUUAUUGCACUAAUUAAGUAAUCGAUUACUUAUAGCAACCAUUGCUUUAAUAAAAUAACAGUACAUAAGCUUGUGUUAUUUAACAUUCUCAGCUGCUUUGUACCCGAUGUUUCUCGUUUUCAGUUUAGGUAAGCCUGCCCUGCUGUGAACGAGCUAUUCGUAAAGAAGCAAUUAUCGUGUAUUUUCGCAGACACGAGGCUGUAAGUUACGUGGUAAAUAUUUUGAGUUACAUUUGCUUCCUUAAACCCAAGCGAACACCAUUUUAUGAGUUGGAUAAUGAGUUAGCUAGCGAUAUAUAGCAAUACAUUGUAGUCUAUCUCUCGUCUAAAGCGGACUGUUUUGUGGGUUUACUUCUAGUUGUAAGUUUAGCUUCAGGUUUGAUCGUUAUGCCUAUCCAGUGCAGCAGUUGUGCAAAAAACAGGGCGGUGCUCAGGCGACCGAAGACUGGCCAUUCGUUAUGUAAGCACUGCUUCUUCUGGGCUUUUGAGGAAGAGAUUCACCAAACCAUCGUUUCAGCUCGGUUGUUUAAUCGUGGGGAAACUGUUGGGAUCGGCGCAUCAGGGGGAAAAGACUCCACUGUACUGGCUUAUGUUCUAAAAGUCCUGAAUGAGCGCUAUGAUUACGGCCUCAAGCUGCUUCUGCUCUCCGUGGACGAGGGCAUCACCGGAUACCGCAACGAUUCUCUAGAAACGGUGAGGAGAAACCAACAGCAGUACGAUCUGCCUCUCACCAUCGUGUCCUAUGAAGAGCUCUAUGGCUGGACCAUGGACGCCAUCGUCAAACAAGUGGGCCUGAGGAACAACUGCACUUUUUGCGGCGUGUUUCGGAGGCAGGCGCUUGAUCGGGGAGCCAUGAUGUUGAACGUGGACAAGAUAUGUACAGGUCACAACGCAGACGAUGUGGCGGAGACAGUGAUAAUGAAUGUGCUGCGAGGUGAUAUUGCUCGUUUGCAUCGCUGCACAGUGAUCAGCACAGCCAGUGAUGGUGAGGGAGCAAUACCGCGCUGCAAACCUCUCAAAUAUGCCUAUGAAAAAGAAAUUGUCCUCUAUGCAUACUUCAAGAAACUUGACUACUUCUCUACUGAGUGUGUUUACUCACCCAAUGCUUACCGUGGCCAUGCACGCACCUUCAUCAAAGACCUUGAGGCAGUCAGGCCUAGUGCCAUCAUGGACAUCAUCCACUCAGGUGAGAACCUCUCUGUGAAGGAAGGAGUGAAGAUGCCUGUGCAAGGAACAUGCUCACGAUGUGGUUACAUCUCCAGCCAGUCACUCUGCAAGUCCUGUGUGCUGCUGGAGGGCCUAAACCGAGGCUUGCCAAAACUCGGGAUAGGCAAACACCACCGGCUGCAUGACAAGAUCUUGGCCCAGCAGGCUUUAACAGAAAAGGAGCAGAAUAAGUUAAAGGCAAUUGAAUUUUGAAAAGCUGUUUCUACAUAAAUAAUAUAGUCAGUGGGUGUGACAAACUGUGUUAUUGUUAUUAAAUUAUGGAUUUGCAAUAAUUUGUUGUUGAUCUUUCUUUGGUAUUCUACAAUAAACCAGACUAUUG